AUGGUGGUCUCAUGGAUCGUUCGAUCUCUUUCACCAACAAUUGGGCGCAGUGUUCUUUGGAUCGACACUGCAUAUGGAAUAUGGAGAGAUCUCAAACGCAGAUUCAGCCAGCAAGAUCUUUUCAGAAUCACAGAGAUCAAGUGUGAGAUAUAUCAGACAAAGCAAGGUGACAAUUCUUUGAAUGAGUACUUUACUCAAAAGAAACUGUUGUGGGACGAACUUCAGAUUCUCAGGCCGUCUGUAGGAUGUGAAUGCAUUACUAAAUGCAAUUGUGGAAAGAAAAUUGAUGAAUUGAAUGAGCAGACUGAAAAGGAUAAGUUGUCCAUUUUUCUCAUUGGACUACAUGACAGGUAUACCGGCGCAAGAAAUCAGAUCAUGUUAAUGAGGCCUUUGCCGGAUGUGUGUGAUGCAUACUCUAUGAUAGCACAGCAGGAGAGGCAAUUUCACAGUGGUACCUCUGGAAUUGCCAGCCAACUAUAUCAAACAGGAGAGGUUGGUACUACUGGAAAUGUCCUGAUGACUAGGACAGGCACUGGAAACCAACAAAGCUUCAAGAAAUUUAUAGGAGGUAACAAGAAGCCCAUAUGUACUUUUUGUGGUUUCACAGGGCACACAGAGGAUAAAUGUUAUAAAAAACAUGGGUAUCCACCCGGUUGGAAACCAAGGUCAAGAAACAAAGGAUCUGUAAACCAUACUCAAGGGCCAUUAGCAGCUCAGCAGUCUGAUAAAGGUAUAUAUUUCACACAAAAUGAUUUUAAGAAGUUUCUGGAGUUCAUUCAGGUACAGAAAGCAUGUGGAGAAAAGGGGUCCUUGAAUACACCUCUUGAUCAGUAUCCUCAUGAGGCACAUGCCAACAUCAUCUCUGCCAACUUGCUGCCAGGAACUCAAACUGAAGAUACAUAUCUUUCUCCUAAUUCAACAGAUUUCAGAAGUAAUGAGUGGAUAUUAGAUAGUGGUACAACUCAUCAUGUUGUGUGUAGUUUGAAUCUGUUGACAAAUCAAAGGAGGGUGCAAGAUAUGCAUGUUAGCCUACCAAAUGGACAGCAAGUAGCUAUUACCUAUAUUGGAUCUGUGUGCCUAUCUGAUGAGUUUAUUCUAUAUGAUAUUUGA